UAACGGUCGGAAAGUAUUAGAUCGGGCUUAGCAGCGAAUGGGAGCGAGAGAACUGCCGUUGCCCGUUGAUGCUUGCAGGUCGAGGUUGAAGAGAGAAGAAUGUAAGCGUACCAAACACGACGACGUAUUCUCCCGAUGGAAGGUUCUUAUUGGAUCUUCUGAUUGGGAAGACUAUUUACUGGGUAAGGAAGGAGCGGCAAGAUACAGGGUUCAUAACCUUCCUGCCAGUACAUACCCAGGUGUUUAUGAGCUUGGCAUAGCGGUGUCACGAACUGGGCUAGGGCGUGAGGCUGGAAAACAUGACCCAGGCAACAUAGUGGUGGUUUACCUUGGGCAAGCUGAUAAUGUCAGGACACGACUGCAGCGCUAUGGUCGUUCAGGUGCUCAUUUGGGACACGGCAACCCAAUGGCUUGGGCAAGUGACUGCAAAACUGCCUCUCUUCAGAAGGGACCCGGAGUUUUCGAGGAGGUGUUUUCUAGAGGUCAUUCCAUCGUGUUUAGAUGGGCUCCUAUAAAAAGCAAAGCUGAUGCUCUAAGAACAGAAGCCCAGCUUCUCGACACAUUUGAUUAUGCAUGGAACAAAGGCUGUAACGGUGACCGUCGCCCUUAUGACAUUCUCAGGAAACUUGAAAAAGUUACAUCGGGAGCUGCUCAAUUUUCUACUAUUUUUAGGAAGCUCUUGCCUUUCAGUCAGAAACAAGUGGGCAUCAAAAUCGAAGCAACCAAACUGAUUUCAUCAGAAAAAAUAUCCAACGGUGAUGCUAACAAUAGGACCUAUCCCUUCUUUUCUCAAGUUUUCAAAGUCAGCAGGUCACAGCCUAGGUUAGUUUUUGAUAGACCUUGUGCUGAUGACAAAAACACUAGAACAUGUGGAGUGGCCUUCAGUGAUGGUUCUGUUUGUACAAGGCCGCCAGUUGAAGGACGAAAGAGGUGCCCCGAACACAAAGGAAAGAAGAUUAGUAGCUCUGGCAUAAAGUUGAAUAUAGAAGUGAAACCACAAGCAGAAUCAGAAUUCAGUAUGCCUAGUGAAGGAGAACUUGACAGUAACGGCAAGCAGUUUUUGGGGUUUGAACCAACAAAGUUUCCACUCGUUGUAGACCUCCCUAUUAGAAAGGUCUUCACUCCUACAUGUGGAUUUUCCCCUGAAGAUGGUUCUCCUUGUCGAAGACCCCCAGUUCAAGGUAGAAAAAGAUGUGAUGAGCAUAAAGGGAAGAGGGUCUACGAAUCCAACAAUAAGAAAAUGCCAGAGAGAACCUCACAUUACUCGGCUUUGGACUCUGAUACAUUAUCUGAGAUGCAAACUCCAGUCUCAUCAGCAAAGAAUGCAGUCCUCAAGAGCUAUGACGCCACAUGUGGGGUGACUUUCGGUGAUGGAUCUUUCUGUUCAAGACCACCUGUUAAAGGAAGAAAGAGGUGUGAAGAACAUAAAGGACUGAGGAUUAAUGGGAUCAUAUCAAAGUUAGUUUCAGAGAAUAAGAUUAGAUAACUUAUUUAUGGAUUCAAAACUCGGUUAUUGUGAUCGUUGGUCAUAUAUAACAAAUGGUUUGGCAGUAACAUGCAACAGAGAAGGUUUAUGGUUAACUCUUGGCUUUGAAACACAAACUGUAAGCUACAGCAAAUGGAGGGAUAGAGUAAAGAGUCACCACAUCCUCCUCCGAGAAGAAAAUUUAGAGAUUUUAAGACUAAAUUUAUCAUUUUGUUGUUGUACAAUUAAAUUAUUCUCUAUCUUUCUCUUUGUGGCCACUGACCACACUUCUUAUUUAUACCAAUUGAUUGUUGUAGUC